UAACGUGCUAGCUCUAUCCUGCGGGUACUCAGCUUGCUGCUGGGCAGUACUCAGGAGAAACGGAGGUGCAGCACCGCCGCUGUGGUGGUGGGGGAGGGGGUCACGUGAUGCGCCCUGGCUGCUGCGUGCGACUGCCAAUUACUUCCUCCUCCUCACUGGGUGCUGCGCUAUGGUAUUUGCGCUGCUAUUGGCUGAUAGUGAGUGACCUGGUUCCCAAGUAGGAGCGUAAAUACAAUACCACUCGACCCAGUCAAAUUCAUUUCUGUCCGUUUAGAACGUGUGAAGUUUCACCAUGUUCAGAGGACGUAGAGGUGGAAACGUUGGACUUAUGCUAUUGUUCUUCCAAAUCCUUAACUUUGGGCUCAAUAACAUCCCCCCUGUGACUUUGGCAGUGCUUGGACUGAACAUUUAUCUUUUUUUUAACCCUUACAAACCUCUGCAGUAUGCUUGCAUUAGUGUACAUGAGAGUUAUUACCACGAUGAUUGGCAACGCUUGCUUCUUUCACCAUUUCACCAUGCUGAUGACUGGCACCUGUAUUUUAACAUGAUGUCCCUGUUGUGGAAGGGCACUAAAUUGGAGCAGAGGCUGGGCAGUAUUUUAUUUGCCAUAAUAGUCUUUGUAUUCUCACAACUGACUGGAGCAGUUUAUCUCAUGGUGCAAUUAUUCCUAGCAAGAUACAUGGAUGAUCCAUUGUACACACUGCAGUGUGCUGUCGGAUUCUCUGGGGUGUUGUUUGCCUUAAAAGUUCUUAAUAAUCAUUAUCACCCUGGAGGAGCAUACAACUUUUUUGGCUUCCUGAUUCCUAACAAGUAUUCUUGCUGGGCUGAGCUGGUGGCAAUUCACUUCCUAGCUCCAGGGACUUCCUUUGUUGGGCACCUUUCCGGGAUUUUGGUUGGCCUGUUAUUCGUACAUGGACCUCUGGGGCAGAUUCUGACAGCUGCAGCGCCUCUCUUCAAUAGUGGCCGUGCAGCAAGACGAGGAAAUGUCAGAUAUGAUGGUGUGUCUCUGGAUCAAGACAUAGACUUCAUCACCGGCCUACUAGACAUGUACCGUAGCCAUGAAUGUCUAUGGAAGGUCAAAGCGAAGGGGUAUUCAGAUAAAGUGCGGCGGAAUGCGGCCUUGGAGGAGCUAGUGGAUUACAGCAGGCCCUUUGUGUCCGGUGCUGACAAGGACUGGGUUAAGAAAAAGAUCCAGAACCUGCGUACUGUGUUCCUCAAAGAACACAAAAAAAAUGGAAUAGUCAAAAAGGUCUGGAGCUGGUUCCUCCCAGGUUUACAAGACCUCGCUCUGGUACUACACCUUACUGGAGUUUGUCCUAGACCAGGAGCCUACCCGACCAGGUUUCACCUCCCUUCCUCGGACUGCCACACCAGAGCCUGAAGAGGGUGAACUAUCUCUGUCGGCAUCUUGUGGAGAUUCCCACCACCCAAUACCUCAGUCUCAUCCAGGAUACGGAGGAAUCCCAGACCCUUGAUCCUACCCCUGAAGCACCAGAUACCCCUGUAGCACCAGAUACCCCUGCAGCACCAGCUUCUCUGCCGCGCCAACCCCAAGCUUCCCGGAAGCAAACCCAGAAAAUAAAAACAGAGCAGGAGGGCGAAGACCUCAUCUUUGAGGAGAUCAAGACAAGACUUGCCCAGCCCCCCGACCACUACAUCAAAUUUGGGGAAUUCAUGGCCUCUGCGAUGCGCAACCUGCCGCCAGGUCAAGCGGAGCAGAUUGAGAGUCUCAAUUUCAAGAUGCUUAACAAGGCCCGAAAAGCGCAACUACAUAACAAUGUCGUACUGUUUGACCGCCUUCCUGUCACUGCUCCUCUCACCCACCCCAUUCUAUUCCGCCCACCCAACCGCAGCCUACUCCCCCACCCACCUGCUCCUCAGCCAUAUACUCUGCUAUACUGGAGGCAGAGGAGGACAUGCCUCAGUUUGAAUGUUUGUAGGCAUCUUAUAAUUCCCAAUAAAUAUGGUGCGGUAUAGGCUAUAUGGUGUUUUGAGGCCAGAUUUUUUGUGGAGGAUACACGCAUGCUGUAGGUGCAUAAUAAUGGGGCCGGGCCCAUUCAUUCUGCACUUUACAGCAUGUGUGUAUUCUCCCAAUCAUAUCUAUGACCAAAACACCAUAUAGCCCUCCCAUCUUAGGAGUGAAAGUACCGCACUCUAUUUAUUGGGAAUUAAAAGUAAAUAAACUGUUAUUUAAUCAUUAUCUAUUUUAUAACAUAUAUAUCCAAAUUUUAAUGUCAUGUUUUAUAUUUAUAUGUGCCAUGUUGGCAAAUCAUUGCAUAGUUUUUGCACAGUUGUUUAAAACAAAG